CGUAGACAACCGAGAGCAGCUCCCAGUCCACGAAGAAGAAGAACCAGAAGAAGCUACCUGAGACGAACCGGAGAAGAAGACACGAUGGUGGCCAAGCAGAGGAUCCGGAUGAUGAACGAGAAGCACAGCAAGAACAUCACGCAGCGCGGGAACGUGGCCAAGUCCACCAGGAGCAUGUCCGAGGACAAAGGUGUGGGUCCAUGGCUGCUGGCUCUGUUCGUGUUCGUCGUCUGUGGAUCAGCCAUCUUUCAGAUCAUCCAGAGCAUCAGGAUGGGCAUGUGAAGUGAUGUCACCAGCAGGGGCGGGGCUACAACGGCCAGCGACAACAGAGGAGCCACGACCGCCAACGUCAGCUGACCACCCCCGAACUGAACCAACCAAAACAUUCCUGAACUCUGAUGUCAGACAUACAGAUCCCGCCCCCUUCAUGACCACAAACCCCGCCCCCUUCAUGACCACAAACCCCGCCCCGACAGGGGCGCCGGUCUGUUGACUUCCUGUCGCUGCACCCUGACCUUCAGUGUUCCUGUAAACAAGCCAUACAUGUGCCUUUCUCUGUUUACCUGAGCUGUGGCUCCGCCCCCAUUGAUUACACCUUAUCAGUACACAGGGAGGGAGGGCGGGUCACAGUCCCACCUGAUGCUGUCUGUACCUGUACCUGUCUAUAAUGUAGACCAAGACCAGGUGUUCACCUGUUCACCAGGUGUUUACCUGUCCCCGAGCUCUCUACAUUCCAUCUGUCCGUCCUCCUCUUCCUCGGUGUUAAUGAGAUGCUAAUGAGAUGCUAAUGAGAUGAAGGUCUUUUGAAUCAGAAGGUGUGGAGGUGCUGACAGGUGUGUCUGCACUGUGUGCAGCCUCACCUGAACCAAUCAGCUCAAAGAAUAAAGUUUGAUUUUCAACACGGA